AUGAAUGACUUUCGGUAUUCUGAUGACCAAACAAGUAGAUUAUUGUCUUUAUAUUUUCCUAGUGCCAAAAAUGGGGUCAACAAAGCUCGUUUCGUUGAGCGUUUUCUAGUUGGAGGAUGGAAAACAAAUGAAGACGCUAUUCAGAUGGCCAUUCUUUAUUUCAUCCACACUUUUGUUUUUUCUCAACUAGGUGAUGCACCUAUAUCAGUUGAUGAUUUUAAGAUGGUAGAAGAUGGUAGGUAUGAGCAAUACCCAUGGGGGAAAAUAGCAUUUUCAAAACUGAUAAAAGGAAUGCGUCAGGAGUUUUCAAAUGCCAAACAAAUGUAUCGUCUAGGUGGCAUGCCAUACGCUCUGAAUGUUUGGAUAUAUGAAUGUGCAUCUCAAGUUCCCUCUGAAAUUGCUUUAAGAGUGGGUAAUAAAAUUCCCAGAAUUCUUAACUGGCGUGUUGUCGCCGUGAAGCCAAAAUUUGAGACCUUCAUGUCUACCAUCUUCAGUGAGUUUAGCAUUAUCCAUGCUCCAACAUUGUCCAAUCUCAACAUAAAAUGGAAUCUAUUAUCAUUCAUGGCAGCCAACAGAAACCUGAAUCUUCAACAUCGGCUGCCAAGGUCAAUUUCAGAAAACCUCAUGAAGUCCCUGCAUUUUGAGGACUUUUCAACAACACCACCCACAGAAUUAUUAAAGAGAUCCAGUCAUGUCGCUGAUACAUCUUCUCCACCUCCUUCCAAGAGAAUGAAGACUUCCCCUGCUAAAAAGCCAAUUCAAAUAGAAACAGCCAACAUGCACAAGGAUUUCAUACCACCAAAUGAAUCAGAAAAACAUGUUUCUCCUGAUAAUGUAUCAGGGGCGAAGUCACCAAAUGAAUCAGAAAAGCUUGUUUCUCCUGACAAUGUACCAGGGGUGAAGUCAGUUGUAGGAGGUUGA